AUGGCGUUUCCUAAGCCAUCUCUAGUGUUCUGUUCUGUUCUUACUUUCCUGAGCUUAAACUGCGGUGUAUUUGCCAAGGUUUACAUGGUGGUGAUGGAGGAUGACCCAGUUGUUUCAUACAAGGCAAGCCGGAAGAAUGAAAUGAGAGGUGUGGAAGCUCAGAAGUACAAGGAAAUGGCAACAUCAAAGCAUGAUGUCUUCCUGGAAUCAUUUCUCCCUAUAGGGUCUUACAAGAAACUAUACAGUUAUACUCACCUGCUUAAUGGUUUUGCUGUUCAUGCAAAAUCUGAAAAGGCAGCUAGAAUUCUUAGUGGAGCAAAAGGAGUUAGACUAAUUCAAGAAGACAUCAAAAUGGCCAAGAUGACCACAUAUACUCCAAAAUACAUUGGAGCCAGUGGGGUAUGGCCACAGCUUGGUGGUGCUGAGAAUUCUGGUGAUGGAAUAGUCAUUGCCAUGAUUGAUACUGGCAUUGACCCCAAAAACCCAAGCUUUGGCAGCUUCUCAGACCAAGCAAAGUCACCACCGCCCAAUUUCAAAGGAAUGUGCCGAUCUGGUGAUAGAUUCCCUCCGGAAUCAUGCAAUGGUAAGAUAGUGGGAGCUAGAUGGUUCGCACGUGCUGGUCAAGCAACUGGAGAAUUCAAUGCUACACUUCACUACGCAUCACCUUAUGACCCUGAUGGCCAUGGCAGGCUUGCAAUCUACAAAGCUGCAUAUCCUUUUGGUGGAUACAUGUCAGAUGUGAUAGCUGCAGUCGACCAGGCCGUAGAAGAUGGUGUUGAUGUUAUAAGUCUUUCCAUGGCACCUACUUCGGUUUCAUCUGGUCCUGCAUCUUUCCUCAACUUGCUUGAGACACAGCUGCUCCUUGCCACCAAGGCUGGAGUCUCAGUUAUUCAGGCAGCUGGCAACGGAGGCCCUGAUGUCAGCUCAAUAGUUUCAUUCAGCCCAUGGAUAACAAGUGUCGCGGCUUCGACAACAGACCGGAAGUAUAACAAAUCAAUCAUCACUGGAAGUGGGCUGGCCCUCUCUUGCGGCGGCCUUUCCCCACCAACACCAGGCGAAACAAUGUACCCACUAGCAUUGGCUGACGAUGUGAGCAUCGCCAAUACGACUGACGGGUCUAACGGUUGCCAAGAUCCAAAGGUCUUCAUAAGAUCUCUUGUUCAGGGGAAGUUGGACACCUUCGCCGGCAUGAUAGAUACGAUUCAGAAAAUCGGAGCUGCCGGAGUGGUCAUCACUGAUCGUUAUACGGGUGACAUCGACUAUGACUACCAGCCCAUAUUCCCUACAACGCUACCCUCGGCUAUGGUUCUGAACGGAGUAGACAUGAUGAACCUGAUGGAGUACUAUGGCAACAACACGGCUCGAGACAACGACGGAGGCGUCAUCACGUUCGGAGCGACCGUCCGGAUUCUGGAGGGACGGCGUGCGAGCUACAGCGGGGAGCGGCCCGAGGUCGCCGACUACUCGUCGAGGGGACCCAACAUCGAGAACGCGGCAAUGGAGCUGGCGGACGUUCUGAAACCGAACGUCAUGGCGCCGGGCCACCACAUCUGGGGAGCGUGGAGCCCGACGAGCAACGCACUGCCAGAGAUCCAGGGCGAGAAUUUCGCCAUUCUUUCCGGCACGAGCAUGUCCACCCCUCACGUCGCCGGGGUGGUGGCGUUGAUCAAGCAGCGGCACCCCAGGUGGAGCCCCGCCAUGAUCAUGUCGGCGAUCAUGACGACGGCCGACGUGACGGACCGGUCCGGGAGGCCGCUGAUGGCGCGGCGGGACGUGGGCGCCAUGGUGGCGGCGACGCCGUUCGACAUGGGGGCCGGCGCCAUCAACGUGGCGCGCGCGCUGGACCCGGGACUGGUGCUCGACGUCACGUACAGGGAGUACCUGCAGUUCCUGUGCGCGGUGCCCGGCGUGGACGAUGCCGCGGUGCGGCGGGCCGUGGGGGCGUCCUGCCCGUCGACGCGGGCGCGGUGGUGCACGGACCUGAACACGCCGAGCGUGACGGUGGCGAGCCUGGUGGGGUCGAGGCGGGUGGAGCGGAGGGUGUACAGCGUGGGCGGCGAGAACGAGACGUACAUGGCGUACGUGCGCGCUCCCGACGGCGUGGCGGUGCGCGUGUCGCCCGACGAGUUCACCAUCGCCCCCGGCGAGGCGGCGGUACUGCGGAUCGUGCUCAACACCACCGCGCCCGGGAACGCCUUCAGCUUCGGCGAGGUGGUGCUCAGGGGCGACAAGAAGCACAGCGUCAGGAUCCCCCUCGCCGUCUACCCCGCCGCCGUGCUGAGUCCAUGA